CAAAACAGCAGAGGGCGCUGUGACCACAGAGGACAGUAACAUAGCUCUUUGCAAGAUGGCGGAAUCAGAGGAGGCCAAAGCACCUUCUUGUACGUUUCUGUUUAAAAAAUCAACCAAAAAAUUCUCCGGACGGAAAAGAAAAGCAAGUGGCAGUGACAAAGACAGUAACAGUGACGAGGACCAGAGCGCUGUGGUCAGGAGAGAAAAGAAAGAUGCCCGGGUCAACCCCAUGAUUCAGAGGACGAAAAAAGUGGAGAAAGAUGCUGUAUCUUCCAGUGAAAGUGAAGAUGGCAAGGAAGACAAGAUCACAGUUUCUUAUAAGUCUUCACGAUCGGCGAAACCAGAGGGACCCGAGGACAUGGGUGCAACUGCUACAUAUCAGCUGGACACAGAGAGAGACAAGGACGCCCAGGCGAUUUUUGAGAGGAGUCAGAAAAUCCAAGAGGAGCUAACAGGUAAAGAUGAUGAUAAAAUAUACCGUGGCAUCAAUAACUACCAGAAAUUCAUCAAGCCUAAAGACACCACAAUGGGCAAUGCCUCUUCUGGUAUGGUCAGAAAAGGGCCAAUCAGAGCCCCUGAACACCUGAGAGCCACAGUCCGGUGGGACUACCAGCCAGAUAUCUGCAAGGAUUACAAGGAGACUGGUUUCUGUGGUUUUGGAGACAGCUGCAAGUUUCUUCACGACAGAUCAGACUACAAACAUGGCUGGCAGAUUGAGAGGGAACUGGAAGAGGGCAGAUAUGGAGGAAAUGAUGAUGAGAAUUAUGAGGUGAGCAGUGAUGAUGAGGAUUUGCCCUUUAAGUGCUUCAUCUGCCGGGAUACUUUUAAGAAUCCCAUCAUCACAAAGUGCAGGCACUAUUUCUGUGAAAGCUGUGCUCUUCAGCAUUAUCGUAAGUCGAAACGGUGCUACGUGUGCAACACUCAAACCAACGGAGUCUUUAACCCUGCAAAAGAGCUGAUUGCAAAGAUGGAGAAGCACAAUGCUGCAACAGACCAGCCUCCAUCAGAUGAGGAAGAUUAGCAUCAUAUGAACUCUUUAAACCCUUGCUCUGUGUUUGUCUAUGUAAGUUUUCAAUAAAUAUUUUUUUGAAGCUUUA